AUGGGCCUCCUGCGUUCGCUGGCGACUGCAGCUGCGUCUGCGCUGCUGCUCGGACUCCAUGGCUCCGAUUCCGUUGCUUCCGCGGCGUCCACGGGCGUGGCGGAGCAGCACCGCGUGAGCUUGCGGGUCUUCUUCCGCGCCUUCUGUCCUGCGUGCCAAUGGUUCGUCGGCGACCCGCUGCUGGAGCUCGUGCGCACGGAGGAGUACCGCAAUAUCGUCAACCUGACGCUGAUCCCGGCUGCUGGGAUGAAGGAGAAGGAGGACGGAUCGGUCACGUGUGAGGCGGGUCCGUUGGAGUGUGCAGGCCACCGCUGGCAGGUCUGCGUGCUGGACAACGACCGCGAUGACGUCGUCAAGUACCUCGGCACGAUUGCGUGCAUUGAAGGAGACGAGUCGGGACAAGUGGGCGACUGGAAUACGAAGGUCAAGAACUGCUUGACGGAUGAAGAGCGCGUCGUGGUGAAGGAGUGCUUCGAUAACCGCAGCAAGGAUCUACUAGUGAAGGUACGUUGGCUUGCAUCUGAUUCUGUAGAUGCUGAGGUAUAA